AAUUUUAGAAAGAUCUAUGUAUGCCUGUCUUUAUUGCAGCAUUACUUACAGUAGCCAAGAUAAUGGAAACAACCUAAGUGUCUGUCAAUAGACAAAUGGAUAAGGAAGAUGUGGUGUGUAUAUACCAUGGACACACACAGACACAACCAUAGAAAAGAAUUAGAUCAUGCUGUUUGCGACAAUAUGGAUGGACCUAGAGGGUAUUAAGUUGAAUGAAACAAGUCAGGGAAAGACAAAUACCAUAUGAUUUUACUCAUGUGGAAUCUAAAAAACAAAUGAAUGAACAAACAAAAGGCAGACUCAGACCUAUAAAUACAGAGAACAAACUGAUGGUUGCCAGAGGAGAGGGGAGUGUGGGGAUAAAGGGGAUUGGGAGAUACCUGCUUCCAGUUAGGGAAGGAGUAAGUCACAGGAAUAAACGGCACAAUAUAGGGAAUAUAGUCAGUGGUAUUGUAACAGUGUUGUGUGGUGGCAGAUGGUAGCUACACUUGUGAGCAUAGGAUAGAAUUGUCCAAUCACUAUGUCUUAUACCUGAAACUACUGUAACACUGUGUGUCACUAUACUCAAAACAGUUUUUUUAAAGAAUAGAAUCUUUAUGAUAGUUAUUAUUUUUAAAACAUAACUUCACUUAUCACUGCCAUUUUCCUUUAUGAAAAAAAGAAAAACUAGUUUACCCACGGUCAUACAAAGCUUAGUUAUUCUAUAUGUAUGCUCCAGAAACGAACAUCUAAGAUUCUCCAUGUUAUGAGGAUAUUGAACUUUAUUACAGAAAACACUUUGUAUGCUAGAAGGAAUUUCUUUCAUUGCAUUUUGUUUUUCUCCGCCUUAUUUAUUUAUUUAUUUAUUUAUAAUUUUUUAAAAUCUUUAUUUAUUUUUGAGAGAAAGUGUGAGUAGGGGAGGAUCAGAGAGAGAGGGAGGCACAGAAUCCGAAUCAGGCUCCAGGCUCCGAGCUGUCAGCACAGAACCCAACACGGGGCUUGAACUCACAAACCGUGAGAUUGUGACGUGUGCCAAAGUUAGAGACUUAACUGACUGAGCCACCCAGGUGCCCCUUUCUCAGCCUUUUUUAAAGAGAAGGAAGAGUCCAUAGGAAUAGAGAAAGAAGAGGUAGUCUGAAGGACAUACGAGGAGUUCAAAUUAGAAUACAUUGUGGGGUGCCUGGGUGGUCAGUCAGUUAAGCGUCCGACUUCAGCUCAGGUCAUGAUCCCUGUGGUUCAUGAGUUCAAGCCCCACGUUGGGCUCGCUGUUGUCAGCUUGUGAAUGUGGAAUCUGCUUUGAAUCCUCUGUCCCCCUCUCUUUUUGCCCCUCCCCCACGUGCGUGCUCACUCUCAAAAGAUAAAACAUUUUAAAAAAGCAUAUAGAAUAUGUUGGCUUUUAACAGCCUGUGGUAAAGAUUUCCCAUAGUACUUGAAAAUGUUGACCUGGAGAGAAGAGUGAUUAGGCUAGAGAUAUAUAUUUGGAAGUCAUUAAUGUAGGUGGUAGUGUGAACUGUGGAGUGUAACAUGUAGAGUAAGAAAAAAUGAACAAGGACAGAACCCAAUGGAACACAAAUAUGUAGGGAGCAACAAAAGAGAAACCCAUGGAGAUAACUGAAAGCAAGCUCCCUUGAUAACUGCCCAGUUCUUAAGAAUUGGUAGAGAAGAGAGAAGACCAACUUGGAUAUGAGCAGCUGAACUUUCCAAUCCCAAAUCUUAUUGGGGAUCUCACCACUCAUUGCUGCUACAGCUAUGCUGGUCUUGCCGAGUACAGCUUGCUCUUCCUGCACUGGACUCUCUUAUUUCUUAUAGCUGAAAACAGUAACACUUCACAAAAUACUUAAAGAUGAUAGAAGGAAAUCAUAAAUGGAAAGUGACAUUAACCAGUUUAGGAAAAUAUCAGUGUGACUGCUCUUAUUACUCAUAGAAUCACUUGGCCCCUUGGGACUCUUUAGAGAGUUGUGUUCUUUCCCUGAUAGAGGUUUGCCUCCUUGCUGAAACCAAGAUCUGCUUCCACAUGGAAGAUAUUUAUUUUUUUCCCAAAAGUGAGGAGAGUUGUUAGGCACAUUUGGACUGCUCGUAGUCUAGGCUCAAGGUAAUGAAGGCUAGAGAGAAGAGUUUCUUCUUCAUGUCAGUCUAAGUUCGAUCUUUCAUGGUUUCUUUUCAUGUAAUGAGGUGUAUUUUCCCAAGCUGAUUAACAAUGGCACUGUCCAUCCACCUCCUUUGAGGGAGACAAUACUCUACUCACAAGGAUAUAACCUUAGUCUGUGAAGCCACACAAGUGACCAUCUCAGAAUAUAUUUGUCCAACAAUGGAAUAAGGGCUAGGACCCUCCGUUUCUGUCCUUAUGGGCUUUUCCAGAGGCUGCUUGGGCUUUCUGACAGCACUGUAUGUAGCUACACUCUAAGGGCAUGUAUUCCAAGAGAGUGAGGUGGAAACGCGUGGCACUUUUCAUAUGAUUAAGCCUUGGAAACCACAGUCUCACUUCUGCUAUAGGCUUUCAUUUGAGACAGUCAUGAGGCCCUACCAGGUUUAAGGACUAGUCAUGAGAUUAAGCCCCGCAUCAAACUCCACAUUGAGCAUGAAGCCUGCUUAGGAGUCUCUCUUUCCCUCUCUGUUGCUGUCACUCCCUUGCUCACACACACACUCUCUCUCUCAAAGAAAUAAACAUUAAAAAAUACUUGUUGACAAAAGAAAAAGAGGGACAGAGAGAACAGAGAGAAUGACAUGAAUUAGAAGGGGAGUUCAGUGUUGUACAGUGUAUGGCAGGGAGACCAGUUAGUUAGAAAACUGUAGCAAGAUUCUGAGUCUGGCUUGAAGCUCAGAAUUAACAAAUAGCAGUGAAGAUGGAAAGGAAACCCUGAUUUGGAGGGAUGUUAAGGAGGUAUAAACUGCAAAAUUUAGUGAUUAUUUGAGUAUGGAAGGAAAGGAGAUGGGUCCAGAUGGAGGAAGAGGAGAACCAGAUAGUACUCUGAGUUCUGGAGUAAAAACAGUGAAUAUGAGUCUCUUUAUAGGAUUGCUUUUAGUGUUGAUUUUUUUCUUCAUGGAUGAAUAAGUAGAUAGCAGUACUUAGUAACUACAUGAAUUGUGGCACUGUUAACAGAGGAAAAGCUUCGUGGGAGAGGAAUUCGGUUUCGCAAGUGUUAAGUCAAGGCUGCUGGUAACUGAAACAGGUUCCUGGCACAGAUCUCCUAGAAGCCUGGGAAUUUCCUGAGUAUUUUGUACCAAUGGCUAGAAGCAGAUCGUCAUGGCAAGAGCCAAGAUGCUGCAAAUACGACUUCAGGUGAAAAUUUUGACCAGAGUCCUUUGAGAAGAACAUUCAAAUCCAAAGUUCUGGCCCACUAUCCUGAGAAUAUAGAAUGGAAUCCUUUCGAUCAAGAUGCAGUGAACAUGUUGUGCAUGCCUAAAGGGCUGUCUUUCAGAACUCAAACUGACAAUAAAGACCCUCAGUUCCACUCAUUUAUAAUUACCCGGGAAGAUGGUUCUCGUACCUAUGGUUUUGUUCUCACUUUUUAUGAAGAAGUUACCAGUAAGCAGAUCUGCACAGCAAUGCAGACGCUCUACCAGAUGCACAACGCAGAGCAUUAUAGCAGCGUGUAUGCCUCAUCCUCCUGCAGCAUGGAUUCGCUGGCAAGCAGUACUGACGAAGGAGAUACAACUUCCCUUUUGAAACUCCAGCGCUACAACUCCUAUGACAUCAGCAGAGACACCCUGUAUGUUUCAAAAAGUAUAUGUUUGAUCACACCACUGCCUUUCAUGCAGGCCUGCAAAAAAUUCCUCAUCCAGCUUUACAAGGCAGUUACCUCACAGCAGCCGCCACCCUUGCCGCUUGAGAGCUACAUCCAUAACAUUCUUUAUGAAGUACCCCUUCCACCUCCGGGGAGAUCACUGAAAUUUUAUGGUGUUUAUGAACCUGUCAUCUGCCAGAGACCUGGGCCCAAUGAACUCCCCCUCUCCGAUUACCCUCUUCGAGAGGCCUUCGAGCUUCUGGGAUUAGAGAACCUGGUGCAGGUGUUUACCUGUGUUCUUUUAGAGAUGCAGAUUCUUCUCUACUCACAAGAUUAUCAACGCUUGAUGACUGUGGCGGAAGGCAUCACCACACUUUUGUUCCCAUUUCAAUGGCAGCAUGUUUAUGUGCCCAUCCUCCCUGCUUCUCUGCUACAUUUUCUUGAUGCUCCUGUCCCUUAUCUGAUGGGCCUUCAGUCAAAAGAAGGAACUGACCGUUCUAAACUAGAACUUCCUCAAGAGGCUAAUUUGUGUUUUGUGGAUAUUGACAACCAUUUUAUUGAAUUGCCGGAAGAGUUUCCACAGUUCCCCAAUAAGGUGGAUUUUAUCCAGGAACUCUCUGAAGUGCUUCUUCAAUUUGGUAUCCCUCCUGAGGGCAGUCUCCAUUGCAGUGAGAGUGCCACAAAACUGAAGAAUCUGGUUCUUAAGGACUUGGUCAAUGACAAGAAGAAUGGCAAUGUCUCCACUCAUAACAUCAGCAUGUAUGAGUUACUGAAGGGCAAUGAAACCAUAGCCCGCCUCCAAGCUCUGGCCAAGCGGACUGGUGUGACAGUGGGAAAAAUGGACCUCUCUGCCUCUCUGAGUGAAAAAGAAAAGGAUUUAAAGCUGCAGUGUGAAGAGGCUGAGCUAAGGGACUACCAGCUCAAUGUGCAGCUCCGCGAGGUCUUUGCCAACCGCUUCACACAGAUGUUUGCAGAUUACGAAGCAUUUGUGAUUCAGACUGCCCAGGACAUGGAGUCCUGGCUUACCAACCGAGAACAGAUGCAAAACUUUGACAAAGCUUCCUUUCUGUCUGACCAGCCUGAGCCUUACCUGCCAUUUCUUUCACGCUUCAUUGAAACACAGAUGUUUGCUACCUUUAUUGAUAAUAAAAUUAUGUCUCAGUGGGAAGAGAAAGAUUCUUUGCUACGGGUCUUUGACUCUCGGAUUGAGAAGAUAAGACUGUAUAAUGUAAGGGCACCCACCUUGAGGACAUCUAUCUAUCAGAAAUGCAGCACUUUAAAAGAAGCAGGUGAACUCUUUAGGCAGAGGCUAUCUGCUGUUGAUAUUGUGGCACCAGAACCGCAUGAUUUCUGUGCAGAAAGACAAGUUGAUACCCAAUCAAUUGAGCAGCGACUAAUGAAAAUGGAUCACACUGCAAUCCACCCACAUCUGCUUGAUAUGAAAAUUGGUCAAGGCAAAUAUGAGCAAGGGUUCUUUCCAAAGCUACAGUCUGAUGUCUUGGCAACAGGACCAACUAAUAACAAUCGCUGGGUGAGUCGGAGCGCCACGGCGCAGCGCAGGAAAGACCGCCUUCGCCAACAUUCCGAGCACAUUGGAUUGGACAACGACCUGAGGGAGCCUUCCGGGGAACUUUUGGUCUGUCAGAACUCCAUGGCAUUCUGGGAGUGGGAUCAGGGUCUACCUCCUCCUGCACGACUUCCUAAAAAAUCCUUCUCUGAGUGCUGCCUGAAAUAUAUGCAAGAGGCGCGAAGUUUAGGAAAAAACCUGAGGCAACCCAAAUUGUCAGACCUUUCUCCUGCAGUGAUUGCACAGACCAACUGCAAAUUUGUAGAAGGCUUAUUAAAAGAAUGUAGAAUGAAGACAAAACGCAUGUUGGUGGAGAAGAUGGGACAUGAAGCAGUGGAACUGGGCCAUGGAGAAGCAAACAUAACCGGCUUGGAGGAGAACACCUUGAUCGCCAGUCUCUGUGACCUGCUGGAAAGGAUAUGGAGCCACGGCUUGCAGAUUAAGCAGGGGAAGUCAGCUUUGUGGUCACAUUUAAUUCAGUUUCAGGACAGAGAAGAGAAACAAGAGCAUCUUGCAGAAUCACCAGUUGCCCUUGGACCAGAAAGAAGAAAAUCUGACUCAGGAGUUAUGUUGCCAACACUCAGGGUCUCUCUUAUCCAAGACAUGAGGCAUAUUCAAAACAUGAGUGAGAUCAAGACUGACGUCGGACGAGCUCGGGCAUGGAUAAGACUGUCUCUAGAAAAGAAGCUCUUGUCCCAGCAUCUCAAGCAGUUGCUCUCCAACCAGCCACUCACCAAGAAGCUUUAUAAGCGUUAUGCUUUUCUACGGUGUGAAGAAGAAAGAGAGCAGUUUCUUUACCAUCUUCUUUCCCUCAAUGCUGUUGACUACUUCUGCUUCACCAGUGUGUUCACCACUAUCAUGAUUCCCUAUAGGUCAGUGAUUAUCCCCAUCAAAAAGCUGAGCAAUGCAAUCAUCACAUCGAAUCCUUGGAUCUGUGUAUCAGGGGAGCUAGGAGACACGGGAGUAAUGCAGAUUCCAAAAAAUCUCCUUGAAAUGACUUUUGAGUGCCAGAACUUGGGGAAGCUGACCACUGUUCAGAUUGGUCACGAUAACUCAGGACUGUUAGCCAAAUGGCUAGUGGAUUGUGUCAUGGUCAGAAAUGAGAUCACAGGACAUACUUACAGGUUCCCAUGUGGACGAUGGUUAGGGAAAGGCAUUGAUGACGGAAGCCUGGAGAGAAUCCUUAUUGGGGAAUUAAUGACCUCAGUGGCUGAUGAGGAUCUGGUAAAGCAGUGUCGGACUCCACCCCAGCAGAAAUCCCCCACCUCAGCUCGGAGACUGAGCAUCACUUCACUGACAGGAAAAACCACCAAACCCAAUGCUGGACAGAUCCAAGAAGGAAUUGGGGAAGCUGUAAAUAAUAUUGUGAAGCAUUUUCAUAAACCUGAAAAAGAGAGAGGAAGCCUCACGGUGUUGCUGUGUGGAGAAAAUGGCCUGGUUGUGGCACUUGAACAAGUCUUCCACCAUGGCUUCAAAUCUGCCCGCAUCUUUCACAAGAAUGUCUUCAUCUGGGACUUCAUAGAGAAAGCGGUUGCUUAUUUUGAAACCACUGACCAGAUUCUAGACAAUGAAGACGAUGUCCUUAUUCAGAAAUCAUCCUGCAAAACCUUCUGCCACUAUGUAAAUGCUAUUAAUACUGCACCCAGGAACAUUGGAAAGGACGGCAAAUUCCAGAUUUUAGUUUGCCUUGGAACACGGGAUCGCCUGCUCCCACAGUGGAUCCCACUCUUAGCCGAAUGUCCUGCCAUUACCCGAAUGUAUGAGGAGAGUGCCCUCCUGCGAGACCGCAUGACUGUCAACUCUCUCAUCCGCAUUCUGCAGACCAUUCAGGACUUCACCAUAGUCUUGGAAGGAUCACUCAUCAAAGGAGUGGAUGUGUAACCCAACUGGCUAGAAGCUCUCAGUCCAGACCCCUUGCUCCUGAACCUUCCCCAACUAUGGGGACCGAUUUGGACUUGUCUGAUAAGGUAGUGAGUCACUGCAGGGGGCAACACACCAUAUUCCCCAAUUUGAACAAUCCUCACACUACAGACAAGGCAAAAUGCUGUAUUGUAGUUCAUUUGAACCUGGAAUUUAGUAUAAAAUAGAGUAUUUUCAUGUGUUAGAUGUGUGUAAAUAUGCUAUCUUCUUUAAGAAAUUAUAUUACUCUAAUAAGAUACUUUUCUUAGAUUGAAUAUUCCUGUGACUUAACAUAAGUAGCUUAACCACAUUGGGAGUUGGGAGGGAAAGAGUGGUGCUAGCCAGGAAGAAGCCAGUAAACACGUAAUUACAGUGCAACCCAGUCGGGCUUAUUUUUUCCCUCCAGGUAUCACAAAGGAACCCAGAAUGCAUUGUUAUGUCGUAGCCAUCCAUCCUGGUGUGUCUGAUCCUUUGUAUUGUGAAUGUAAACAGCUUUACCUACUGUAUGUGAUAGUCCUCACUUCUAUAUUUUAAGUUACAGUUGGUUUCAUACAUUUGAAUUGAGUCACUUCUCCAGUCUUUUGGAAAAUCUUUUUCCGUCGGCACAAGAUAAAGACACAGUUCAAAUAUUUUAAAUACUGGACCCCAGGAGCUUGGCUGAACUGGAAAGAGAACACACAAAGCCCUGAGAAGUAUGUUAAAUUGUAGGAUUAUCACUUCUUUACCCUUUGGAAAGAUUAGCCUAGACUAACUUCAUUCUUGGCAUUUUUAUUCUUGUUAUGUGAGGUACUUUGAGGAGACGUGAAUUUCAAAGUGUUGGUCUUACAGUUAUAAGAACUGCAAACGGCAGUUUGAUUCUGCACUUAUAAUUUGGCCAUCUACGCCCUGCAGCAGUUCUUACCUCAAGGAUAAUCUCAAACCCUGUCUUUGUUAGGUUUCAGUCACCUCCCCCCCUUCCUGUGCCCAUCCCCCUCUCAGGAAAUGGAAGGAAUGUCUAAGAAGGAGGAGGGCUUGGUGUAGCUUGGAAUGUUUUUGUGAAAGUAUUUGUUGACCAUGAUAAUGCAAAUAACAGAGGGAAAGAGAAAGAAUGAACCCUUUCUGGGUGUUUCAGGGCAAGUUUUAUGUUCCUUUUCUAAGAAGGGGUAAUAAAUGUAAAACAACUGGCCCAGAGAAGGUAAAAGCCAGUACAGCACAGACUGACAAAAUGGGAGCAGAACCAGAGGUGACAGUUUUGAAAGACCAAACAUUGCGAGUAACUUUCCAGUUGGGUAUUUUAUAAGGAAGUUAAAUAAACGUGGUAUUAGCUAGUUACCUUAAGACUUCGUUUAUGGUAGGUCCUGUAACCAAUUAGGCAUUUGCACAUUGUUAGCAGUGAAAUUGCCCCAGCACUGCGCCGGCUUUUAUUCCCAGUUGUGGCUGAGAAGCAAAGCCAUGGCCUCUCAGGACCCCCGUACGAUCUUGAGGGUCCUGGGCUUUAGCCAACAGUAUUGUUUCUCUUCUUUCCUGAAGGAAGAAACUAAUGAACAAGUGCCUCACUCCCUUAUCAAGCACUGUAUUCAGCCAGGCGACCAAGGCACAUCCCCUUUUAAUAUCUAACUUAGUAUUUGAGGAGGAACAGGGAGUUGAAGGCCACAUUUAGAGACCCACGAAGGGUUUAAGAACAGGUUUUUGGGUGACUUGGGUAGACUGGAGAUUUGUUCGCCUGAGUCUACAGUGUGUCUGCGUAACAACGCAGCUCUUCCAGGAUCAUGGAAAGUCUAUUAUGGGAGACGUCCAGAACCCAUUUCACACAGGUUCUUGUGUUGCCGUGAUCAGAAACCACUGAAUGAUCAGGGCAGGGUUUUAUUCUUAUUACCUUCCUCAUAAGACCAUGCUUCUGGCACACUCUGGGCAGCCGAAGGAUGACUUAGGUGAGCAGGCUAGCAUUGAGUGACCAUUUUACAGAUAGGAACACUUGAGGAUCGGAGAGGUUAAAUACCCCACAGCUGGUCAGUGACAACAGAGUCUAGAACUCAUGUUUUUUAUUACACCAAGACUGCGUGACACUGAGCUCCGAGGCAUUCAUAUUAAGUCUUUGUACCCCUGGAUCUUUAUUCAUACACCCAAGCAAGUAGGAUAUAAAUAUUACUAUCCAUUUAUAAUAAGCAUUUAUAAGGAUUAACAUUCUUUUUAACAAAUGGUUCUGAAGUGGUUGAGAAUUAUAUGUUAUAAAAACUGGGAGCAAAAUUGGAUUUGGGGCCUAUGAAUAAAACCAUUACAUUAAAAGUAAUACCCAAAAAUAAAUUAUACGUAAAGUUUUAUCCCACUCUGUGUGAUAGGACCAUAACAAUGGGAAUGACCACUUUCACAAGAAAUAGUCACACCAGAACUGACACAUCUUCUAGAGUGCUGGGCCCUUUGAAUUGGUCACAUCAGGAGCCCAUAUACUUAUUCCAGUGAUACAGCCAGGACUCCAAACAUGUGGGGACCUCCUUCUGAGCCAUCUGAAGGGCCUACAGCCCAUUCUUUUGAGUAUUGCCAGUGAUGGUAAAUCUUGACCUUUCAGAAGAAAUUUAAUAUUCGGAAACAACAAAAAGUUCUUACAAUCCAAAUUGAUUAAUAAAAAGGAUGCUUAAGCAGAGUUUGAGGCCGCAAGGAAAUCAUUCUAAAGAAAUAAGACUUCUCUCUUAUGUGGCUUAUAACUGUCCCUAAGCCAAUACCAGAAUAUUUUGAGCAGGACAGUAGAACCUUUAGAAUGAAUGUACAUAACCGACUUUUGGAAGGACCGUACCUAUUUAGAGGUAUCCUUUUUGCUAUAUUAAUUUUUUAAAUCAGUAUAUUGCUUUAUAUAAUUACACCUCAAAGUUAAAGUAAGUAAAAAUCAACUUUGUAAUUUUUUUUUCCUCAGAAUAAAUUAAAAGUAAUGCCUGGAACCAUAAUUAGUAUUUUCACAUAAUAAUAGCUUAAGAGGAAAUUAUUUUAAAACUAAAUUGCCAAAAAUAUUACCUCUUGAAACAUCUAAUUUCCAAGUGUUUUCCAAAUGUCCUGAAACUCCUAAUGUCAGCCUUUCUGACAGCGGCAUUACACUUGUUGGUAUUACGUGUGAGGCCCUACAAGCGGUGCCCUGGUUGGGGCUCACCAAUGCCAUAAAAAUGACUGAGGCUCAGCGUGGAGUAGCAUAAAGUGCCAUUCCAGUUGGGGUGAAAUCGGCCUUAUAGAGAACAAAAGCAAGGCUUCCCAAGGCGCCCUCUCCCUCCCCUUUCCCACUGGGAGCAAGAAUCUGAUAUAAGAAACCUAAACCUUGCAAGAGUCUGCAGUUGCCCUCUAAAAUUUAUUUUAAAUGUUGCAGACAUUUUUGAAUCUUUGUGACCCUGUGACAUUUACUUUAACAUGCCUUUUUAAAAAAUCAUUUUAAUGAGCUUCUGUCACACUACAUGAAUGAUGAAUGAUACAGGGGAAAUACUGAAUUGCUUCUAUCUCCUUUUUUUGGAAUAAAGCACUGUUGUAUGUAAAUGUAAGUGAAAGAGAGGUAGAAACUAUACGUAACAGUUUGUGUGUAGUAUAUGUUGAUGCCUCUAAGAUAUUUUGAAACAGGAGGCAACAGAUGUGGACCUCAGAUCCCCAGGGAAAUAUUUAUUUGACAGCAUUGAAAGUGUAGCUCUUAAUCGAAAUAUCUUCUUUCUGCUAAGAAUUAUGAUUUUUCAGUAGAUUUUCACUUUGAGUAUUGUAUUUUCUCUGUGAGGUUUACAGAAGCUAUCCUUUUCAACAUGUUGAAGGGACAAUCUGAACCUUAGCUAUUUAUAUUUCAGUAUUAACAUACCUUCAUUGAGAAUGGAGUCGUGGCCUCCUCUCUACUUUUAUAAAACGAAUCCUGUUUCCAAGUCAUCAGUUUCUUUUGAAGUCCCUGUUUCUUUCCUAAGCAUUUGUUACAUUACCAUUUAGCUUUAAAAAGAGACAGAAACGAAUAAUAAACUUCUAGGUCCUUUAUUCCUAUUAAAAUACAUUUACAAAUCUCUUGGAUUUCCAACCUGUUUUGAAGAGGGUACUGAUGAUCAGAGGAAUCCAAGAAGAAAUGCAUUGUCCCAGAUCUUCCUGGAGCUGAUCAUCCUCUCAAGGACAGAAUAAAGAUUAGCUCCAGAAAUGUAUCACAUUGAGCAGUUGACACCAGAGGGACAAAAAUAUAUAUCAAAAAAUUUCUCCUCAUCUAAAGGAAUCCAGGGCAUCCUUGGGUUAUGUGGGAGGGAAUCAUGCUUGAUCCAAUUUCCUGAAUGAAUUUGUGUGUGGCUCCAGUCUGUUCCAAACCUUGUUCACAGUAGAGAGGUAUGGUAAGGAGUUCCUGUUGUCAAUCAGCUGAGGGUGUUAAACAUAGAAAAAUCCUUCUAUGUUACACUUGAGCCGUGUGUAAAUGUACCCUGUGUAUCUUUUUUUAAAAAAUGAACAUUUCUGCAUUUAAAUUAUAUUGUGUUUCUUUGUAUUGUUAACAAUGCAUCAGAACUGGAUUUUUUUUUUCUCAUCUGAACAUAAUAUAAAAUUUAAAGAGUAUUGUGAUAUCAAGCACUUUAACAUACAUAUCAGAGAAACUGACGUGGGUUUUUCAGGUUUUGGAGUACAUUUAAAUAUGACUUUUCAUGCUUUGUUCUUUACAAAUAAAACUGUGGGGUUGAUA